ACAAACCCUUGGCUUCUUCAUUAACACACACUUUUCCCACCGGGAUGGAUCCUCCGCAGCCAGCGCGCACAGCCAGCGGCCAACACGCACGCUUCCCCCCGUCACACAUGGCUGCGCAUGUAAGGCGAACAUUCACGGCGUUUAUGUGGAUAAUAGCUACAGUUUCAAGUUCCAGGACGAGGAUUUUUCCGGCCAAUGAAGUGACCCUGUUGGAUACCAGGACAGUGCCAGGAGAGCUGAAAUGGGCAGCGAGUCCCUCAGAAGGAGGGUGGGAAGAAGUGAGUAUCAUGGAUGAGAAGAACAUCCCCAUCAGGACGUACCAGGUGUGUAACGUCUUACAACCCAAUCAGAACAACUGGCUGAGGACGGACUGGAUCCCCAGGUCCGGAGCUCAGCGGGUUUAUGUGGAGGUCAAGUUUACACUGAGAGACUGCAACAGCCUGCCUGGGGUCACCGGCACCUGCAAGGAGACGUUCAAUCUGUACUACCACGAGUCCAACGAAGACAGGGAGAACUUCAUCAAAGAGAGCAGUUUCAUUAAGGUGGACACCGUGGCGGCAGACGAGAGCUUCACUCAGGUGGACGUUGGAGACCGCAUCAUGAAACUCAACACUGAGGUGCGGGACGUGAAGGUGACGAACAGGAAGGGCUUCUACUUGGCCUUCCAGGAUGUUGGGGCCUGCAUCGCCUUAGUGUCCGUGCGGGUUUUCUUCAAAACCUGCCCCCUGACUAUUCGUAACCUGGCAACCUUCCCGGACACGGUGACAGGGGCUGACACUUCGUCCUUAGUGGAGGUCAGGGGUUCCUGUGUCGACCAAUCAGAGGAGAAAGAAGAGCCAAAAAUGUACUGCGGGGCUGAUGGAGAGUGGCUGGUUCCCAUUGGUGGAUGUCUUUGUAACCCAGGAUACGAAGAAAAGGGCAGUUCAUGUAAAGCGUGUUCUGCUGGUUUCUAUAAGUCCUGGUCAUCUGAUGCAGGAUGCUCAAAGUGUCCUCCACACAGCUACUCACUUCGAGAAGGGGCAACGGUUUGUGACUGCCAUUCCGGAUACUUCCGAGCAGACAGCGACCCUCCCUCCAUGGCUUGUUCCCAGCCUCCAUCAGCUCCACAGCAGCUGAUUUCAGUAGUGAACGAGACCUCAGUAGUUCUGGAGUGGAGCCCUCCACGCCGGCUGGGAGGUCGAAGCGACAUCAGCUACAGCCUGGAGUGUCUCGUUUGUCAAACCGGGGGCUACACUCAGACAGAUGAUAAACUCAUCCCCAGGAAUUUUAGCGUUUCCCAGCCUGAUGCUCAGCACAGCAGCCAGGACAUGCAGUCAGACCAAGGGAUUGUGGGACCUGAAGUCCAGAUGGGGAAAAGCGUCUAUCAGAGAGAUCCGGCCAGAGUGCCCUCAGGCUCUCAGCUGUGCCAACCUUGCAGCUCAGACGUGCUCUUCUCUCCAGAUCAGACUGGCCUGAGGGGCACGCGGGUGGUGGUGAGCGAGCUCAGAGCUCACACUCACUAUACGUUCAUCGUACAAGCACGCAACGGGGUCUCCCAGCGAGGUUCUGCUGGGGCCGCCCAGAGUGUGUCUGUCUCCGUAACCACCAAUCAAGCUGCUCCCUCUCCAGUGUCAUCCGUUCAAGCCACUGAUGUCACCAGGCAUACUUUGUCAUUGUCAUGGCAAGAGCCCGAUCAACCCAACGGGGUCAUCCUGGAAUAUGAGGUCAAGUUCUAUGAGAAGGAUCAGAGGGAGAGGUCCUACCGCAUAAUGAGGACCUUCUCUCGAAGCGUGGAAGUCACGGGACUCAACCCGCUCACCGUCUACGUGUUUCACGUGCGGGCUCGCACCGCCGCCGGAUACGGAGAGUUCAGCACUCCGUUUGAAUUUGGCACUAAUUCAGAUCCCUUCCCUCUGAUUGGAGAAGGCGUCAACUCUGCCUUCCUGUUGCUGUCCGUGAGCGGGGUGGGAAUUCUGUUGCUUAUAUCUGCAGCCAUUUUCAUCUUUAGUCGCAGGAGGAGCAAAUACAGUGAAACCAAGCAAGACUCAGAGGAGGAGAAACAUCUUAAUCCAGGAGUGAAGAUCUACGUGGAUCCGUUUACCUACGAGGACCCAGAUCAGGCCAUCCAUGAGUUUGCUAAGGAGAUUGACGUGAGCUGCAUUCACAUCGAGAGAGUUAUCGGCAUGGGAGAGUUUGGCGAGGUGUGCAGCGGGCGCUUACGCGUGCAAGGAAAGCGAGAAGUGUACGUGGCCAUUAAAAGUCUGAAGGCGGGAUACACGGACAAACAAAGGCGAGACUUCCUGUCCGAGGCCUCAAUCAUGGGGCAGUUUGACCACCCCAACAUCAUCAGGCUGGAGGGAGUUGUCACCAGAUGUAAACCACUAAUGAUCAUUACGGAAUACAUGGAAAAUGGAUCUCUGGAUGCUUUUCUUCGGAAACACGACGGCCAGUUCACGGUGAUCCAGCUGGUCGGGAUGCUGCGUGGCAUUGCCUCAGGCAUGAAGUACUUGUCAGACAUGAGCUACGUUCACCGAGACCUCGCCGCACGAAACAUCCUGGUCAACAGCAACCUUGUGUGUAAGGUGUCUGACUUUGGCCUCAGUCGGGUUCUGGAGGACGACCAGGAAGCUGCAUACACCACAAGGGAAGCCCUUGGCACUUACCUCUCCCCUGGCGGGAAGAUCCCCAUCAGGUGGACAGCUCCGGAAGCCAUCGCCUACAGGAAGUUCACCCCAGCCAGUGAUGUGUGGAGUUACGGCAUCGUCAUGUGGGAGGUGAUUUCGUACGGCGAGAGGCCCUACUGGGACAUGAACAACCAGGAUGUGAUUAAAGCAAUCGAGGAGGGCUACCGCCUGCCUGCUCCCAUGGACUGUCCUGUGGUCCUGCACCAGCUAAUGUUGGACUGCUGGGAACAAGACCGAGCCGAGAGACCCACUUUCAGUCAGAUCCUCAACAUGCUGGACAAGCUUAUUCGGAACCCUGGGACUCUGCGCAAAACUGGAGGGGAAAGACCUGCAGUGCUGGAGUCAGGAGGGUGUCCGGAGGUGUGUGUGUCAGUCCUACCAGAGGUGUGUGUGACCAAGUGGUCGCUGUGUGAAUGGCUGCAGUCAAUUGGUUUGGAGAGGUACGCAGAGACCCUUGUGGCAGGGGGAUACUCCAGCCUUGACAACCUACUGGCACUCACACAUCAGGAAAUGGACAGACUGGGAAUCCUCACACCAUCUCACCAGGACAUACUAGUUGCCAGUGCACAGCAAGAAAUGUUGUCUCGGAUGCAGCACAUGCAACAUACAAUGGUUCCAGUCUGAGUCACAGGACGGACACCUGCGUGCAGAAGAAUUCCAUUUACCUCAUUCAUGCACUUUAGGGGGACUUUUCACCAGUGGACCAGUAAAAGGAGUGGAAUGGAAGUAUGUGAGAAGUGCGAAAGCAGCACUUUUGUCAACUUCAAUCCUGUGGCAUUUUCUAAAAACACAAUAAGGACGUGGCCACAGGUUUCUGCUGAGACUAAAGCCCCAUCCUCUUACUCACUUCUGUUUUGCAUUAUUUUAUUAUCUGUUUUGGGAAAGCUGACAUGAAAGCAGAAUGGUUUCCAGUUUUGUUUUGGACUUUUUUCGCUGCUUUGGCUUGACUUGAAGAAAAGUGCGUGCGUGUGUGUAUGUGUGUGUGUGUGCGCGUGUGCAUCUGUGUACAAUGUAAAUUCAUACAUAAUCGACUCCCCUGUGUCUAAACAUCACACAUCUUUGAACAUUCUUGAUAUGCAAAGCGAAAUUGGGAGUAGUCAAGACGAAUAUGUCAUCACUAGUUACAGAGUAACGGACUGAAUCUUUUACUUUUGUUUUCAUAGUUCUUGGUUGAAUUGUAUUAUUUAGACAUUUACAUUAGAAUGUCAUGACAGUCACGACUGUUUUUCAUUAGCAACAUGAAUAUUUUGUUUAUUUAUGGUCUUUUUUAUGUAGUUUCUACUGUACGUAUAUUGUAAAUUAGAAGCACUGAGGAAAAACUGAAUUGAUUGCCAUAUCGCAUUACAAUAAAUGCCAAAAUUCAUCCAUGUACUUUGUACAAUAUUGACUGCAUAUAUUUCCUUCUGGUGUGUGCAACUUAGCCACUGAAGGGCAGUAUAAGACAGUCAUGUAGACACAAAUGAAGAAAGGUCUCACAACUAAGUGACUUAGUAAGCUGCAGCAAUAUUAAUCGUUUUUCGCAUAGGAUAAAGAAUGCCUGUGAGUAUUGUUAUAAUUGUCUGUGUACAUGUGUUGCUUCACCUUUUGCGUUUAAAUAGCCGUUGCUUAAAGCCUUGUUAUACCGCCACAUACAUGCUAUGUGUUGGCCUGUCUACAGCAUUUUCCAUUGUGUUAGCAUUAAACUAGCAACUCUA